UUCGCCUUCACAGCUGCUUGGAGACAUCGAGUUGAGGAUCUGAGGGGAGCUCGCAGACCCUGAGGAGCGUCUCUGAGGAACACAUACACUGUCUGCUUGGCCUCUUACCCGAACGCUUCAGAACACAUGGCGACCACCUCGCCCCUGCCGCCAACAUAUCUUGGCGCCCCGCUCUACCUGUGCCCUGCGACGAGCAGCAGCGCCGCUACCCAGGCCCUUCCUAUCCCGCACCCAGUCCGGCGUGUUCUAAUCGCCAACCGUGGCGAGAUCGCACUGAGGAUUAUCAAGACGUGCCAAGCCCUCGGGAUAUCAACCGUGGCCGUGUACGUCAGCGAAGACUGCGAUGGCCCGCACGUCCUGGCUGCCGAUCGCGCCAUCUGCCUCGGAUCAAUAGAGCAGCAUGGCAUCAGCGGGCGUCCGCCACCGUACCUCGACGGUGAAUUGCUCAUCAAGACAGCUCUCGACAACGACUGUGACGCACUUCAUCCCGGCUACGGAUAUCUCAGCGAACAGGCCGACUUUGCCGACAAGGUCGCCUCGACCGCCCUUCCUGACGAUUCAAGCCGGAAACUGUGCUUCAUCGGUCCCAAGGGCGAAGUGAUGCGCCAGAUGGGAGAAAAGGCAAAUUCAAAGGUCCUGCUCAGGAGCCGCCUCGGCGCAGACAAGGCGCCGCUGGUACCAGGCUACGAAUCAGAAAAGACGCCUGAGGGGCAGAAAAUGGAAGUGCUCGUGCAAGAGGCUAGAAAGAUCGGUUUCCCUGUCCUCCUCAAGGCGAGCGCAGGCGGAGGAGGCAAAGGCAUACGGAUCGUCCGAGACAGCGCGAGCCUUCCAGAAGAAAUCAGCCGCGCCCAGUCCGAGGCACAACGGUCAUUCGGCUCGCCACAUCUGCUGAUUGAAAAGUAUAUCGAAAAUGGCAAGCACAUCGAAGUGCAGAUUUUCGGCGACAACUAUGGGAAUGUCAUCGCGCUUGGCGAGAGAGAGUGCAGCGUCCAGCGCAGACAUCAAAAGAUAAUCGAAGAAAGCCCGUGUAUGGAGAUGAGCAACUUUCCCGAGCUCAGAAAAGACCUGCACGCCUCGGCAGUCCUGAUCGGCAAGCUCCUCGCUUAUCAGGGCGCCGCGACGAUUGAAUACAUCUACUCCUCCGCUCUGAAGCGCUUCUACUUUCUGGAGAUCAACACGCGCCUGCAGGUCGAGCACCCUGUCACCGAGUGCGUCUACGGCAUCGACCUUGUCAGCCUGCAGCUGUACGUUGCCGGCGGCGGCGACAUCAGCAAUCUCAGCGAUGUAGCGGAGCGCGCGCGACGGCCGCCUGUAGGGCACGCGAUCGAGAUGCGUCUCUGCGCCGAGGAGCCCGGCGCAGAGUUCGCCCCUCGCACUGGCUAUGUUCGUCACAUAUCCGCACCGCUUGCCGUUUCGCGACCCGGCUAUCGACUGGACAGCGGCGUGGUCACAGGCAGCAAUGUCUCCAUCCACUUCGACCCGAUGCUUGCCAAGCUCAUCGUCCACGCGCCUGACCGCGCAGCUGCAAUCCGCGCCGCGCGGCAGAUGCUGGAGUGCACGCCCGUCCUGGGUGUCACAACCAACACGGCAUUCAUACACGCAUGUCUCGGGCAUCCAGCAUUCACUGGUGGGAGUUACUCGACGAGCCUGAUCCCGCAGAACAUCGACUCGUUGCUCGGCCACGGCUCAUCCGCGGCCAUGCGGGCUUUGAUGCUGAACAAUUCCCUCGCCCCCGCUGCACUUGAACGCGAAAUCCCAAUCCACGCCGCUCUUCCCACGUUCUUAUUCUUCCACGCGAUCCGCAAGCGACUGCGCCCUGCACGCGUGGGGCUCAAGCAGUCCUGGCGUCUCCACAACGCGGACGUAUCCUUGCACCAGACCGAAAAUUACGUCAUCACCCUGCCGGGCAAUGUGCAGAUGUGGGACAUCAUGCUGCAGUACCGGCCGCUGCCGCUCCAGACUGCAUGGGCAGCCAGCGCCGGCGGAAGCAGCGGCGAAUCAUUCGAAGUCAUGCUGUGGCACAACGACGCCGCACACGACACCGAAAAGCAAGUUCUCAAGGGCCUCGUCGACCAAGCGAAAGCGAAGGCUGCAGAAAAAGGAAAAAGGAACGGAAACGCUGGUUCGGGUACGACGACGGCACCCACCCUUCCACAGCUUCGUACUGCAGCUACGGCUCGUUAUUACGCUUCCCUGCCCUCGCGUGCAGGCGUCGAGGGUCGGCCAGCUGUUUCGGAUGAAGUGAAGGCGGACAGUAAAGGCAGGCCCAAAGCCAGCUGGCCGUUCGGUGUUGCGCCCGAUGCUGUGCAGCGCGUGCGCGUCACCGUUCGACCAAAUGGAGCAAGCAUCGGUCCGGAGCUGACGCAUGUCCGCGCUCUUGACGGAGCAGCACAAUGGCUAAAUGGUGCAGUGCGGUACGAGGUUCAGCUUCUUUCUGAGUUGCCAGAGGUUUCUUCCACCACGCCAUCAACAACACACUUUUCCGUGCUCGCGUCCGACGAGCAUUUCGAAGCGCACGAAGAAUGCAGUCAGUUUGCCUGGCUCUGGCUUCCUGCUAUUGCAGGCCAAGUCAAAGUUAUCAGGCGCAGCUUGCGAGUGUAUGCGGGUCGAUUGGAGGAGGGACAGGCCGCCGGCAGUGCUGAUGAAUCGACAUACUCCACUCCAAUGCCCUGCCGCAUCCUUCACCUCAUUGCCAAGGACGGGCAGAGUGUUAAACCAGGAGAGAGCAUCCUGGUGAUGGAGAGCAUGAAGACGGAAAUCAAGUUGCUUGCGCGUUCAGCAGGCACGCUUCGGCUGUUGGUCAAGGAAGGAGAUACGAUUGGAGAAGGACAGGCGCUGUGCGUCGUCGAUUCCAACAUGUAACAUCAAAAUGAACUUCACAAGCAAGACCUCUAGUGUUGUACUUGCAUCCCUAAAUCUGACAGAAGAAUACAUUAAAGCA